AUGGAUAGAUUGGUGCCUACUUAUAGAAAAUUAGCAGUGAAAAGAUCAAAUAUUCAUCUAGAUAUUUGGUUUCUUCAUCAAUGUCAAAAGCAACGAGUCACUCCUUCAUUUGUUAAAGCGAAACUACCUAAGAAUGUUUCUAAAAAGCUCUCCUACAAUAUUGAGAAGAAGAUCAUUCACUCUGAAAUUUGUAAACACUACUCUAAAAUCAACGCCAUUAACAUUGAUCUCACAAUUCUAUAUGACCAACUGGUUCAGGUAACUCCUUAUCAACUGUUGCAAGUUAAUCUAAAUGACAUUCAUGAUGAUGUCGGUUUUUUUUGA